GUCGACACUGUGCGCGCGGCACCACGACUCUCCAUGGCCGAGGAAGGAGCAAGCGUGGAGCCGUCCACACCGCGAGUGGAUACAUUGACGCCGCUGAUCGAAAAAGAAUCGGCCGCGUUUGAGACGUCGACGGCGGCGACCAUCUCCAACAAACCUGUCCGACGUGGCAGCAAGGAGCAGUGUGCGGUCGACCGUGGAAAAAAGUCGUCAACGGACGCGAGUGCGACGCCCACCGACUUUGAACUGCUUGUCGUCGUGGGCCAAGGUGCCUUUGGGAAGGUCAUUCAAGUGCGACACAAACCAUCGGGCGAAAUCUACGCCAUGAAGAUUGUUAGCAAAGAGUACCUGGUCAAGAAAAACUACAUCGGCAACAUGCAAACCGAGCGCGAUAUCAUGACCAAAGUCGACCAUCCUUUUCUCGUCAAGCUCAAGUAUGCUUUCCAGUCGCCUGCAAACGUGUACCUGGUCAUGCCGUACAUUCCUGGAGGCGAGCUCUUCCACACCCUACAUAAGCAAGGUCUACUCCUCGAGCAUACAGCGUGCUUUUAUGCAGCUGAAAUGGUCCUCGCGUUGGAGUAUUUGCAUGGCCAAGGAAUCAUCCAUCGUGAUCUCAAACCUGAAAACAUCCUUCUCGAUGCGGACGGCCACGUGUGCCUGACCGACUUUGGCCUCAGCAAGGAAUUGCCACAAGACGACGAAGCCAAGACCGUGUGCGGCACCAAUGAGUACAUGGCUCCUGAGAUGAUUCGAAAUAAACCGUACUCGCAUGCAGUCGACUGGUGGGCCCUCGGCGCGCUCAUCUACGAAAUGGUCACGGGGUAUCCGCCAUUCCGGCAUAACAACCGCAAGAAACUCCUGGAGAAAAUCUGCAACGAAAAGCUCUCGCUUCCAAAGUUCCUUCACGCCGACACCCACUCGAUAUUGAAACAACUCCUCGAACGCAACGUGGACAAACGCCUGGGGUCGGGCAAGUCGACAAUGUUCAAAGUCAAGGGGGUUGCCGCCAUCAAGCAGCACCCGUUCUUUAAGUCCAUCGACUGGGGCCUCUUGGCCCAGCGCAGAUUGACGCCUCCAGUCAAGCCGUCGCUGGCCACCGACAACUCAAACCUCGACACGAGCUGUUUUGCCGAGAGCUUUACGAAGAUGCAAGUGACCGUCGACGACAGCCACCACCUAGACCACGGCACCCUCUUCCAUCGAUUCUCCUUCACGGCGGCCGACGUCCGCAUGCGCCGCGAGUCGGACUCGCGUCGCUCCAAAAAUCAUCGAAACGAUGACGACGGCUGCGCGUCGACUCCAUUGACGACACACAACGAGGCGACUUUCGCCGAGUCGCCGCGCCACCAGGACGACAAUGAGAUUUCGUGUUGACGUGAGCCAAUUCACCCACAAAUUCUUGAAUUCAAUACAACGUCGAAGGAACCGUCGUCGAUUGAGGAGGGGAUCGGGUACCAUCGGAAGGUAUAUGCACAAAAUCGAUUGAAUCGACCCAUAUUUGAGUUACGUUGGACCGCCGUCGACACCAUUGACGAGCCCAAUAUGCUACUUCA